CACCUAUUCACCUUCCGAACCACUUCAAUCUGCACCAGUCAUCAAAUCGUUAUGUCAACGUCUUCAAACUCAGAAGUGAGUGCAGCGGUCUCUUCUGGCAUACGCCAGAGGACCUGCCUCCGUGUUGCCUGCGUAACCCCUCUACGAGAGAUCAAAUGUUGUGAUGACACUUGCCUGGUCGAAAUUGCACGUCGCGACUGCAGUAGUGAGCCGAAUCACAAGCAACAAAUUGACACGAAACCUUCCCACGAUGUUCUCAACGAUUCUGCCAUCCCAUCCCAAGCUGACGAGGAGCCAUGUCAAAGCCACUACCUCAAGGCCAAGGAGGCGUAUAGCGCCAUCUUGGACAAUAUGGGCUGUAUCUGCAAGGUGUUGCUAUCAUUGAACCUCGAUUCGUGCUGUGUCGCCCUCCCGGUUGGCCCUCUUUGCUCCAAACGCUCGACACGGUCUACGAGCAAAGGCCUCUCCGCAGAUAUGAGCAUGCUAUCGAGCACUCGUUCUCCCUGCGAGCCACAGGAAGGUGCUGAUUGCAGCAAGGAUGCCUGCUGCUCCGAACCGUCUUCAAUUCACCUGAAGGAAGGUGCAACGUCAGGAGUGACGUGCAAUGAUACCAACGAGGCUAGUUGCUGUACUGGUGAACCUUCGAAAACCAGCAUCGAUCAGUAUCCCGGAACUUCAGUUGCCAAACUUGACGAUAGUUGCAAGGCGGGUUGUGGCAUCAAGACCGCUCAUACGGCAGCUCUCGGUAAUUACCACAACCUAAAAACUGGCUCUGGCAGUGGUAUCGACAGCUGCUGCUCUGGUAACCUAGACCUGGCCGUCCUUCCAUCAAAGCUUGAUGAUUGUGCUGGCAAGGAGUGCUGGUCCGACAAUAUGUCAGAACCUGCAACUGGACAGACGAUCACGGAAGUCCAUGGCAAUCAAACAAUCGAUAACUGUUGCGCUGAUAGGGGAGCCCAUGCAGAUGCCAUAUCAGACAGUCAUUGCACCAGCGAUCUACUAGGGACAGUAGUAGGCAGCAAGGGGACCAGAUAUACUCAAGCCACCGGAACCAACGAGUUAGACCUAGAAAAAGGCGACUUUCCGGUUGAGCAUGUGGUGUUGAGUAUUCAGGGUAUGACUUGUACUGGGUGCGAGAAAAAGCUCUACAGAUCGCUGGACAUGAUUCCAGAAAUUUCGAAUGUCAAGACCAGUCUACUCUUAGCCCAAGCAGAGUUUGACCUUAGCAGGUCCUCCGUCAUCGUCGACGCCCUGAACACCAUCAAGGCUAUUGAGAAGAUGACUGGUUUUACCUGUACGAAGAUGACACAAACUGGACACGAGCUGGAUUUGAUCGUGGAUGGUCUUGCAUCGGAGUUUGCUGCUAAAGAACUGCCACCUGGAGUUUCCAACAUUGCCGUUCUCGACACACACACUAUUCGUGUAACCUACCACCCCAAGCUUGUUGGUGCCAGGGAUCUGAUGUCAGACCCGUACUUUCAAUCACCGAAACUCGCCCCGGCUGCAGAUCGUCCUCUGAUCGCUUCUGGCAGGGCUCAUGUCCGCCUAAUGCUCUUCAAGACGAUUGUGUCCACUGUAUUGACUAUUCCUGUCCUUGUUAUGGCUUGGGCUCCUCUUCCGGAGCACGAGGUCAUUUACGGUGCAGUUUCAUUGGUCCUCGCUACCGUCGUUCAAGUUUACAUUGCUGGACCCUGGUACAUCAGUGCUUUCAAUGCUCUUUUCUUCUCGCGCUUGAUCGAGAUGGAUCUACUCGUUGUCCUGAGCACUACUACAGCUUAUAUUUAUUCGAUCAUCGCAUAUGCCUUUCUUGUCUCGGAGAAACCCCUAUCGACGGGAAGCUUCUUUGGGACGAGUACUCUACUUGUCACCCUUAUCAUAGUCGGACGUCUUGUCAGUGGCUUUGCACGCCAGCGAGCUGUAGAGUCAAUCUCUAUUGAGUCACUUCAGUCAUCGACCGCAGUCCUCACAGAUCCAAAGACUCAUGAAGAACAAGAGAUCGACGCGCGCCUUCUCCAGUAUCAAGACAUCUUUAAGGCUUUACCUGAUACGUCUAUCGCUACAGAUGGCACCGUCAUCGCUGGCACAUCAGAAGUUGACGAGUCUAUGAUCACAGGCGAGGCCACCUUGGUUGCUAAGAAGCCCGGUUCUCCGGUGGUUGCCGGCUCAAUCAACCAUUCUGGCACCCUGACAAUUCGGCUUUCGCGUCUCCCGGGCGAAAACACCAUCAAAGCCAUUGGGCUAAUGGUAGACGAGGCGAAAUCAUCGAAGACCAAGAUUCAGGAAAUGGCAGAUCGUGUGGCGACUUACUUCAUCCCUGUUAUACUCGUUGUCACCGUUCUGGUAUUCGUAGUUUGGGUUGCUAUUGGUAAAGUCAUCCGUGGUUAUGAUGCCACUACCACCUGCAUCAAUGCCAUGACAUACGCCAUCUCGGCUCUUAUCGUUUCCUGUCCUUGCGCAAUCGGUCUGGCGGUUCCAAUGGUGCUUGUGGUAGCAGGAGGUGUCGCCGCCAAGCACGGCUUGAUCUUCAAAACCGCGGAGACGAUUGAGAUAGCCCGGAACCUGUCUCACGUCAUCUUCGACAAGACGGGUACUCUCACACAAGGCUUACUUGCGGUCGAGGCUGAGAUAUACCCAACUAAGCAGGGCGACAUACUAGGCCCAAUGCUUCUUGGACUAACGAACAGCAGCAAGCAUCCUGUGUCUGCCGCUAUCGUUACUCACCUCAAGUCUUCUGGAGUCCAGCCUGAGAAGGUCGAGAAAGUCGUCUCUAUCGCUGGGAGUGGUAUAGAAGCAACUUGGAACGGAAGCAUCAUCCGUGCUGGCAAUCCACAUUGGCUAGGCAUCGAAGACUCACCAAGUGUCAAGGAAACACUCCUACUCGGCGUCAGCAUGUUCUGUGUUUUGGUAAACGGAGAGCUCGUUGCCGUCUUUGGCCUCAAGGAUCUCCUUCGCCCAGAUGCUAUCCAAGUCAUCAAUGAGCUGAAGAAGCGGUCCGUCGAAAUCUCUAUUGUUAGCGGCGACAAUCAAGAAUCUGUCAAGUCUGUCGCCAGCGUCCUUAAUGUCCCAGAAAGCCAUGUCCGCUUCCGGUGUAGCCCAGCCGACAAGCAGAUGUACGUGAAACAGAUGCUCGCCCCUCCCAAAAGCGUCGUUAUGUUCUGUGGUGAUGGUACCAACGACGCUGUGGCCCUGGCCCAGGCAAGCAUUGGUAUGCAUAUCGACGGAGGUACAGACAUCGCCCAAAGCGCUGCAGAUGCUGUCCUUGUCCGACCAGCGCUGAGCGGCAUCAUCAUCCUCAUGGAUCUCUCGAAGGCGUUUUUCCGCCGUGUUGUCUUCAACUUCUCGUGGUCCUUCAUCUACAAUACCUUUGCCAUCCUGCUGGCUGCUGGGGCCUUUCCAAAUGCCCGCAUCCCGCCAGAGUUCGCUGGCCUGGGUGAGAUAGUCAGUGUUCUACCGGUAAUUGCUAUUGGGAUGCAAUUGAAGUGGGCUAAAUUCCACCAGCCCGAGUGAGGUUUGAUUUGAUGUGGUUAGCUCGAGGACUGGCAUCUUACCAUGGCCGGUCUAUCAAAUGGCAUUCAACAUGUCCAGAUUGCGAAUGGUUCUCCAAAGGGUUCUAAGGACAUGCACAGCUGGUUAUGAUACUACCUCCUGUAAAUACAAAGAAAAUAAUCGAUUGC